AUGCGCAAAACACUCCCACCUCCGUCUCUCAUGGUGCGCAAGUUCCUGAACGAUAGCACCUCGGGAGAAGAGUCGACUCAAAGCCUGACAGCAACUCCCAACUCUUCUCAAGAGGGUUCAGCAACCGCGGAUCCCUUUGAAAGAGAAUACUGUUUUUUCUACGGGACAUUAAUGGAUCCAGAAACACUUGCUCAAGUCUUGAGAACGUCAGACUCGCUUCCUAUCAUGAGCCGUGCCAGAGUGAUAGGCUAUGACGUUAAGAUCUGGGGCCCUUACCCUGCCCUUAUUGAUGGCAAGCCACUCCAGCCGGUCGAUGGUAUGGUAUUUGAAAUCUUGUCAAAGACACAACUUGAUAGACUUGUGUCCUAUGAGACGGGCAAAUAUGAGCUCCAGCCUUGCCUAAUCGACAUUCUCAAUCAUGAUGAUAGUGUUGAACGCACUGUUAAUGGAGUCACAUUCAUGUGGAAUGGGCAAGAGGAUGAACUACAGGAAGGAAAUUUUGACCUGAAGCAGUGGAAAAAAGAGAGAAGACUUCGAGAUCUGGAUUCAAUAUCGGAAUAA